GCUGUUCUAAUUGAUUCCAGGGGAAAGAUACUUGGUACAAAAGAGCGAGUUGAGAUCGUUAUCGAUCAAUUCUAGUGGAAACAGCGAGUAUUCUCAUCUAUUUAAAAUGAUUGUGGCACCAGUAGUGUUAUCAAUUUUCCUUCAAUUGUUUGUGCAGGCAGCACAACCUUGGAAAGCGUUGGAUCCUGAACAGGCCUUGUAUGUGUACAAGCGUUGCUACGAAGAUCACCUUCCUGCUGGAUCAAGCCGAGUCACUUAUCUAAAAUCAUGGAACGCUUGGAAGCUGGAACCCAACGAUGCCGUCACACACUGCUACGCUAAAUGUGUACUGAUCGGUCUGCAACUCUAUGAAGAAAAGGACAAGGCAUUUAAGUCUGAAAGGAUCCCCGUUCAGCAUGAAGCAUAUAAAACACUCAAUGAAGCCAACUCCAGGGAAGUCACCGAAUAUCAGCAAGCCCUCGCUUCUAUCAAUGCUGGAGAUGGUAGCUGCGUUGCGCUGUAUAAUGCCUAUCUCCCGGUGCACAACAAGUUUGUGGAUCUUUCCCGCAAACUGUACCACGGUACGGUUGAGGGAGCAGCUAAAAUCUAUGCCGCAAUGCCACAAAUCAAACAGAAAGGCGAGUCCUUCUUUGCAUACUGCGCGAAGAAGAUAUGGGGCGGAUACAAUAAGAAGGAAUGGAAGAGAGGCCGCAACUAUGAACUUUCAGGUAGUUCGCAGUUCAAAAAAGUGAUCGAUUGUAUCUUUCGCGGGUUGCGGUAUAUGGAUGACAGUGGUUUGAAGGUUGAUGAGGUGGUGCGUGACUUCAACCUAAUCAAUAAGAGUGACCUGGAGCCUGAGGUGCGAUCAGUGCUGGCAAGCUGCACGGGAACGCAAGCGUACGAUUAUUACUCCUGCCUGCUAAAUAGCCCUGUGAAGGAAGAUUUCAAGAAUGCUUUUGAUUUCCACGAACUACGAUCUGCCGACUAUGCUUUCCUACUACGAGGAAAAGUCUACGAAGGUCCAGAACAGGUUAAGGAGGAAAUGAAGCAUCUAAACACAACUGUCCAUUUCUAAAGGAUGUUUGUCUUCCAUUAGCUGUUUAGCCAUUUGACAAUGUGUGUAAAAUACAAGAUACAAUCAGCAUAACACAAA